AUGGAAGUUUGGAUCUCUAAGUUGUUGAGCUUCUUGCUUUUAGGUGCCACCACCGUGCCGGGAGUAAUGAGUUCCGUUGACCCGCACAGCAUGUGCACAUCCAGCACAUGGCAUUGGUUCCUCUUCUUCGUUUAUCUAGGCAUCCUUCUGGGCUCCAUUACUUCCGCCGCUGUCACUGGACUGCCCGGCAGCAUCUACCCGCAACCCGGUCUCUCCGUCCAAAUCGACUACUCCCACAGAGCCUGGGUCGCACAGGGUAUCGUACGACUCUUGUUAGGCACUCUAGGCUUCGCACUCUCCAUCAUCACCGCCGUCUCGCACAACCGAACGACACAGAACGAACUUAAAAAACUGCAGACAAGCAAGCAGUCAACAAGGCGAACAAACACCCUAGUCGACCAGACCACGGACGUCAGAGAACAGUCAAGCGGCUAUGGUGACCACGAUGAUGGUGGCGACCACGAUGACGGUGGCGACCACGAUGAUGGUGGCGACCACGAUGACGGUGGCGACCACGAUGACGGUGGCGACCACGAUGACUAUUGUGACCAAGACUCGUUGCUCACCGGCGAACAGACCCAGACGCCGCGGCUGUACCGCCUCGCUCACUCCUCGAGCAAGAGGGCGGGGUCGUCGUCUGAAUCUGGUCUACUCGGCGACGCGUCCUAUCGGAUAGAGGUCCGGCUCGAGUCGGAAGUCCGGGCCCGAUCAAAAGUCGGACCGGCAGAAGGAAGACUUGCAGGACACGCGUUCGCCACACACGGGUCAACGCACGAGGCUUCACACGCAUCUGGACCAAUGUGUACGAAAGAACCAUGCAGCACAAACCUGCAGAACCCCCUGCACACGACUGGCUCCAGGCUUGUACCGACCCGGCUUGUACCGACCCGGCUUGUACCGACCCGUCAGGUUUCUACCCACCAGGUUUCGGAGUCGCUUGACGGACCGCUGGUAUCGCGUCGAGGUCGGCAGCUGGCGAAGCGAAACUGGGAGCUCUGGCCCUUCAAGAAGGCAGUUCGCGCCGCCUCGAUCUUGAGCCCUCGAUCAAUGGGCAAAAAGUCGCAGGCCGCGACACCUCUGGGCGCAGGCUGCAAAGAGGAGUCCGGAAGACGCGCGUACAAUACACAUCCUCAGCUGGCCUGUGGCGAUGUUGAACAGGAGUCAGCGGGAUCCCCAUCGAUAGCUAGCUACGAUAGAAAGGAAAGGAACGCUCGCCCGUCAGACCUGUGUUGGCUCGAUUUGCCUCAGGCGGGCGCUUCUGACCGGUUAGAAAGACCAGUGGACAGAGAUCAAUUCGUACCGGUUAAACUACCCAUUCGUUCGAGGCCAAGUCUGAGACCUGUUUUGAGGUCUGAUCUGAGGUCGCCUCUGCGGCUGGAGACCGUUCAGCGGGAUGUCAGACGGACGACUGAGGACUUGGGUCGCCCUGAGCACCUGAGUCCACAGGGAUUUGUCGACCGCGACGUGGUUCUUGCAUCAGCAGUCCCUCCAUCAACGGUUCUUGCAUCAACGGUUCUUGCAUCAACGGUACAUGGGUGGAAGAUGGGGAGUGAGGCGUUUGUGUCGGCGGAUGCGGUGGUCGCUGAGUUACUGACAGGUGAAGAUUCAAGUUGGAUGAUUUCUACAGGGUGUGCUUUGGCCGUUUUGAUGCAGGCGAACGGUUCAUUUUUGACUUAUCACCACGCGGCACUUACCAAUGGUGGUGAUAUGACUAACGGUGACUCACCACAAUUACGACCGAUGACGAUUGUGAUUUAUGACGACAAUGUUUGCGACAGUUGUGCGAUACAAAUGCACCAUGAAGUAGUUAGCAGAAGUGUAGAGCUCCAUUUCAAAAGAUUAGAGAUCAAGCAACGACAAAUUAGGGGAGCGUUCAAAAUAGGAUAUGUAUUAUGUAAAUGGACAAGGAUUAAUCUACCAUGGUCGUUUUCGAACCUGUAUCUGAAUACCCGCAUUACAAGACAGACCUCUACGCAAGUACAGGAACGACAGCUCGGUGUGCGAAUGAUAUGCAGGUUAAUUCAAUUUCUUAUAUUCAAGAGAUACCAAUGGGGAUUCCGAGCCAUUCAUAUUUUAGCAGCGAUGAAGGUAAUUACCCGCCCCCCUUAA